CCUAGACAGACCAACUCACCAAUUAGUAAGAGGGAAGCACGCAAGGAGCACACCCAGGGUAUGAGGGGCAAGUUUACUUUCAUUCAAAUAUUAUAUUGUACUUCACUGAAGUCAACCCACUUUGAGUCAGUCCUGUUGUGAGUCCAGUGACUUGUGUUUGUGCAUCCAAAAAUGGAUUCCUCCAACAGUACCCGCCCAUGUCAUCUGUUGCAGCUACCGGCUGAGCUGCUCUACGAGAUCUUCCAGCGAUGCCCGGACGUUUCUGCCCUCUGGAGUCUGCUUAAUACAUCGUCGCGGAUGUUAGCAGUCUUCAAUACGAGGGCGCCGGAGAUAGUGGAUGCUGUAUUGAACUGGACGGUCCCAGUUCAGACUCGACUUUUUAUGCGACAGGUUCUCGCUCUGCGCACCGGCGUACAUUCAUAUCACAGUUAUGAGGACGCCCAGACUGACCGAUUCCUGCUCUGCAAGAGAAUUAUCGCAACACCAGACCAGCUCCGGAGCUUUGUGGCGUUAUCCCACAAGGUCCAUGUCUUGGCACAUCUCUGCAUUGAACGUUGCCUUCGACAUUGUCUAGAUAGUCCGCUCGGCCAAAGAGAAUACCCCGUGGACUUCAAAAUUCCUACAUGGACAGAGGAGCAACGAAGCAUUCUAUCGUUUUGGCGCGUGUUGUUUUGCAGUGAACUCAAAUUGCAAGGACUGAAGGGACAUCUAAAUUGGUCGCCCAGAGAGCUUGAAAGACUGCAAAGUCUAUGUCUUUACCAGAAUGUUUCACGGGACACUCCGAUAUUCCAGGCCAUGACCGCAUUACGCUUUAUUUGCGAGCAAGCUAAUCCAGAGGGCUCCGAGGAAGAAUUGUCAGACAGACUUGAACAAACUAAACCACUUCAGCUGCCUAAGAUCCCCGAGGGCUCUGAAUUUCGCUGGACAUGUCAGCCACCUCCCUCUCCAUUGGCUGUGACUCAAGGCUGGAGUCCUUCGGACCCGCAGCUCCCCGAACCCAGACCAUAUACCAAAUCAGUGGCGAGUCCGAUCCGGCAGCCAAGAGUAGCUUGGGAUACUGAUUCCGAGGACGAGGAGGACUUACUUACCCCAGCCGAGAGUGAGGAGUCUGAGAGCGAGGAACUGGAAAGUGACGAGUCCGAAAGCGAUGAGGGCGACAGUGAUGGAUCGGAGAUAUGGACAGGAGUGGAUCGUGUUUUUCGCAUGCCUGAGGCCAGACUCAUAAUCGUAGAGAAUCCUCCAAGUGACCCGGAGAUCCUUUCCCCAGUGCCUUUCCCUAUUCAAGGUUUUGGGGAAGUUCCAAGCGGAGGGGAGUGGCGAACGCUCCAUGGAGAAACGCUUGGUGUACAAUUCUGGGAGCGCAUGAAUACUCAGCGUGAUGCCGGCCCGGCUCAAUAUAUAUGGCCAAGGGCGUAUCUCAAAUAUGGCUUCGCUAUCUGGGAAGAGCAGAGAAUGAUUGACAUGGGACUUUGGUCGACCGAAGCUCGAGUCGAUGCAUCCGAUCAUCUACGAAGAUGGUAUAGCUUUUUGAGUGAGGAAGAUCUUAUGUUUCACGACUCUAGACGCCGUUAUUAUGAUUCCUCUUAGAUGAGAAGGAUCUUUCUUAGUGUCAUUUCAAGCAUUACCAAUACUCCAAUUAUCUAUCUAACUACGUGUUAUUGCCAGGGCACACUUUGGCGGAUUCUCUGUACUAUAACACGCCCAACAUGAUUGCACGUAAGCAUUGAUACGUUGAGCCUUGACUGAGCAUACAUA